AUGUGAUGGCUGUGUUUUUCUUUUUCUUGUACUUUUUGUAACUGGUUCCAUAAAUUUAGUCUAAAAAAUUAAAGUAAAUGUUUCUACAAGUGAAUAAAAUCUUCCUUUCUCUUAAUAUCUCCUAUUAAAUAAAAAUGCAUAAUGUUUCAAAAAAGAAAAAUAUUUAUAUAAUAAAGGAACAGUUGCAAAGAGCAGUUACAUUAUGUUCCUUGUGAUUCAUUCUGAAUAAAUAUUUUACAUUUGAAACAGAUCUCUCACUUCUUAAUGGCCUUAAAUUAGCCAUAUAGGUUGCAAAUAGGAAGUAUUUACAUUUUUAAGCAUUCAGAAUUCCCAUCUAGCAUGAUUUUCACCAGUAUCCCAGUAUGUUUCUUUGCAAAUGUUAACUAUUUGUGAUUUGGGAUAUGUGCGCGCGCAUGCCACAUGUUCAUUUCCCCACACAUGCAAUACACACAUAUACACAGCAUUUACAAUUUAAGAUAAAAAGCGGAAGAAAUGAAUAGCCUGUUGGAUUAGAUUUGACUUAUUUGGCAAUGUUUAGUACUUUAAAAUGAUUGAAAUGUAUAAUGCAAGGAAAUGAAGGGUACUUUCAUAUUACUGUAAUUCUCAGAAGCAUUUUAUGACAAUCCAUGUUUAUUUUCACUUUUGCCAAUUUGAAAUGUUAAGAAAAAAAAUUAAAAUCAAACUGCACUAUAUCUUGUAAUCAAAAGUCUCCUCACCCCUCAUUUUUUUCAGAAAUGUGGAAGAUUCCAUUAAAAAAACUUUCAAAACAUUUUAUUAUUCUUAUGAACACUUUGUUCUAUUAUCACAGUGAGCAAUAUAUUUCAGUUGAGAUCUUGCAAUUUUUGUUCUCUUUCCAAGUAUCUAUUUUAUUACUGAUUUAUAAGUUUCAGAAAUAGAAAAAAUGAUUCUAAAUUGAGAUGUUCCAAUAAUUGCAUAGUUGCAUUGAACUAUUGCAUCGAAAUUUAGCAGCUUUCAACCUGUUGCAUUUGUCAUAUUUGUGUACUGACAAGAUAACAAAACUCUAGGAACAUUCAUCUUGUGCUGCUGUAAAGUACAUGAUUUCCAAAUACAGUAGGCACUAAUUAUUUACAUUGUGCAGCUAAUGUAUUGUUUUUAUUAUUUUGCUUGUGCCAUCAAGUCAGUGUUGACCUUUAGCAAUCUCAUAUAUAGAAGUUCUCCAGCACGCUCUAUUUCCCAUUUUGCCCAUCUUAUCUUCUGAAGCUGCAUCCAUUGCCACCGAAAUGGAUUCCAUCCACUUUGUCUUCUUACUUUUUCUUCCACCUUUCUCAGUAUUAGACUCCUCCAAAGAGCCAGGUCUAUCUCCAAGUGGUGUUCUUUAGUAUAGCAAUUCAAGCAUGGAACCUCCAUUUGAGUUCAGAGAUUAUUUUGGAAGUUUUGUUUUUCGAUUCCUAAUAUCUUUAGUUUUAUUACACCUCCUUGUAGAGGUCAAUAUAACUUCUGCACAGCAACUUUAAUUUUUAGAUAUUCCAUCUGAUAAUGUACACAUGGUAUUAUAUAGGCUUGUUGGAAAACUGUGUUAAUAAUGGAAUCAUUCAAAAACUGGUAAGUUUUUCUCCAGAUCCAUUUCUGUUUCUUUGGCAAAUGUUUUCAGAUUUUCUUUUUUACCGUUUUCAGUUCUGGCAUUCAUCUGCAAUAGAAGCACACCUUACAUAUUUUCUUGGUGUCAGAUUGAACCUGACCAUAAAACACAUCUCAACCUUCUCUUCUACAUCAGUGAUUGGAACAUAAACAUAGAUAACUAUCAUGAUAGAGCUGUCUGUGAAGUCUGAUAUUAUUCAGCCAGUGACUGCAUUGUACUCAAAUAGUUCUUGCUCCAUUCUUCCUAUUAAAGCAACACUUGAUCUUUGUACCCUGAGUAGUAAACUGAAUUGUCCAUUUUCUGAUGCCUAAAAUGCCACUAUGAAGCCAAUUCACUUCAUCUUUCACUGUGUUGAACUUUCCCAUGUUUAUGCUUGUGUUCGAUUCCCACUUUAAUAUUGCUGUAGCUUUGGGUUUUCUUUUUCUACACGAUAAUAAGCCAACACAGCAACUAGAUUGUUCCUAAGGCUUUCAUCUAACCAUGCCACAAAGACUGGUGGUAGUGGUAGUACUCCAAAAGAGCCUCAGUGCUUCUUUGAGAACAUAUUCAGUGCCAUCUGGCCCAAGCUCAAAAUUCAGCAUAGAAUUACAUUAUCUCUGUCCUUUAUUGGUUAACUAUAGUAGUUUACCAUUGCUUUCUUUUAUGCAAUACAAAAUGCCUUUGCCAUUGUCACUAAAGUGAUCAUCCAGCUCAAGUGGCCUGACACAGCUACUUAUUUGCUUUCUCAUUUUUUAUGAAUUUGUUAGGAAUCUAUAUUCAUAAUGUAUACUCCUGGUGCUUUUUGCUCAUCUCUCAAGGACACCUACCACCAGCACACAAUAAGUAGGACUCAAGUGAUGUAUUAAUUCUACUCUUCACAAAACAAUUAUCACGUUGGCAGUAAAAUUACCUGAGUUGCAACUAAUCUUACUUUUUUUUUCUCUCCAGAAAUUAUUUGGAAUAUUUCUCUGAACUCUUUUGUUCUACUCUGUAUUUGGAACUCAAAAUUAUCCCUUUUUGAUACCUAAUUUUAGUUUUACUUAUAUCAACCCAUUAUUAACAGAAAAUAAGUAUUAACAAUUAUUAGCUGCUAUCAAGGAAUCCAAAUUAUGCUAUUGCAUGAGUGGAAAAUUUUCUUAAUGUGUACUUCCAAAUCUGUUUCAGAGCAUUGGAAGCAAAUCAUUCCAAACCUGUUAUCAGAUUUAAAUUUUUGGACUGGCAUUGAGGUAAUAAGUUUAACUCUCAGCCACUGAAGCUCAUUGGUUGAUAUGGAGCAUUUGCUAUCAACACAUCCUACCUCAGAGGGUGAUUGCUGGGAGGAAAAUAAAAGGCUAGAGCACAUCCUAUAUGGUGUGCCUUUUAUAAACUCUUGCACAAAAGGUGGAAUAUCAUUCUAGUAAAUAAAUAAUACAGGUGAGAGUAGUACAGCAACAAAUAACAAGGUUGUUAUUUAGUUUUAAAGCAACAUUAAAUUGUAUGCAUUUCAUAAAAAUGCAAAGCUCAAAAGAACAAGAACAUGUUAAACAAAUUUGAGGUUAUGAUAAAACAAACUUAAUCAGAAUUAUAUAUAUUAAAACAGUAGAGAAAAUUUAAACUAUAAGUUAAAUUUCUAAAUUGCCAGAGUGCAAGUUUUGGAUAGUUGGGUAUCCAUAUUUACUUCACUACAGCCUGACUGAGAAUACUUCCCAUCCUAUAAUAGCAGCUGGCUUUUAAGGCAGUGCAUUUUCAUUUUAAAUCUGCAUUCAAUCAUAGCAUGAGUAAUUUUAGUCAAUUGAUUAUACUAUGCCUGUAAUAAAGAUAUAAUCAUGUUGGUGAGCAAACUAUGUAACAAUUUCAAUUUAUCAUUUUAUGCAGUAGCUUGCUAAUAAGAGCAUAAGAACGAGUACCCAAAGUUCUUCCUCUUCCUUCUACUUAGCAUUCAUGAAUUGAGCACCACUGAAAUGAAACAUUUUUUAAAAUAUGAAUCACACAGUGUAUACUAUCUGGGUUCUUUAUGUCACUAGCUAACUCAUACAAUAUUUGGAAUCCUUGUAAUAGCAUAUGGCUGUAAUUUAUUUAUUUUAACUGUAAUAAUUAGCAAUGGGGAAAAAGUUCUGUACAACAUAUGUGACAUAAAAGCCAAAAUCCAGCCUCUUCACAAAUCAAAUGAAAGUUCAAACAGCACUUUUGGAGCAGAUUGAGGAGGCUGGCUCAGACCCAAAUUCUUUAAAUUUAUGAGAAACAGCUCACUUAUCACAGCGUGGCACCUAAUAUUAACAUCACGUGUAGUUCACCGGGCCAUAUUCAGACACUUGUCAUUUUGCUGGGCAGGGCCUCCCAAAGCAUAAGCCUGCAGCAAAUUGCACACAUCUACAUAUGGGAUACACACGUUCAUACACGGAAGUGACUCUCCCUGUAGGAAUUGGAUCAGGUAUGAACAAGCUCUUCAGUUGCUGCCUCAGAAUCAUCCCCAGCACUUUUUCCUCCCUGCAUGUCGCCAGAAUUCAACUUAGUCCCCGAACCGGCCUACUGAGGCAGCCAGUUUCAAGAAUUACCCCCACCCCACCCCCCCAAGUGUGUCUGUCAGCCGCCACCACACAGGGUUCAUUAGCCUAUCUCGGUCACUCCCCCCCACCCCCUCCCGUCCCACCGCUGCCCCCCAGGCCUUCCCAAUUCUAUGUCCGGAGAGGAAAAGCGGGGGGGGGGGCGGUCCUUGUCGGGGGGGCCGAGAAAGAGCCGAGCACGGCUGCAGCCCCUUCCCUCGCCGCCUCCUUCCCUCCCUCCCCCACUUUCCUCUCCAUCGUUUGGCCGGGCUGCGCUCCUGCCUUUUUUUUUUUGCCGCCGCCGCCGCCUCCAUCUUGCCUUUCCUCGCUCCCUCCCCCCCCCCCCCGCAACAGGAGCCGGAGCCGCGGCGGAGGCACUGAGGCAAGAGGCAGCGGGGCCGAGCGGGUUGGGAGUCGCGGACAUGAAGGGGCGGCGCUGAAGAGAUACGGGCUGAGCCGACAUCUUGUACCCCCCCCUCUACCCUUUGCCGACGGUGCCAUUCCGAGCGCCCCGCGGAAAGCCAGGGGUCCCCGCGGAGGAGAACAAGGAGGCGGCCCAGAUUUUCUAACUUGCUGCUAUGAGGAAACCUCGGAGGAGGUCCCGGCAGACUUUAGAGGGAAGACGCUCUCCUUCACCGUACAGUUUGAAAUGCUCACCCACUCGAGAGACACUGACAUACGCCCAGGCCCAGCGAAUAGUGGAAGUCGAUAUUGAUGGCCGUCUCCAUCGCAUCAGCAUUUAUGAUCCUCUAAAGAUCAUCACCGAGGAUGAGCUAACCGCCCAGGACAUCACAGAAUGCAAUAGUAACAAAGAAAACAGUGAACAACCCCUUUUCCCUUCAAAAACCAAGAAAAAUCAGUGCAAAGGUAAAAAAAAAGAGACAUGCACCAAACAUGCUUCGGGAGCAUCUUUUCAUCUACCACAGCCCAGCUUUCGCAUGAUUGACUCUUUCAGCCAGCUGGAUGCACCACCUUUGCCUUCAGCUUACUAUCAGUAUGUUGAGAAACCACUCGAGGAUGUUGACGCCGAAGUGGAGUAUGAUUUGGAUGAGGAGGAUUUGGCCUGGCUUGACAUGAUCAAUGACAAAAGGAAGAGUGAUGGGUAUGGGUCAAUUUCUCCAGAGACGUUUGAAUUGCUACUGGAUCGUCUGGAGAAAGAGUCGUAUUUGGAGAGUCGUAAUAACGGAGCCCAGCAGACCAUGAUAGAUGAGGAUGCUGUCUGUUGUGUUUGCAUGGAUGAUGAAUGUCAUAACAGCAAUGUCAUUUUAUUUUGUGACAUUUGCAACUUGGCUGUGCACCAGGAGUGUUAUGGAGUUCCCUACAUCCCUGAGGGACAAUGGCUUUGUCGCUGCUGUUUACAAUCCCCUUCCCACCCUGUUGAUUGUGUCUUGUGUCCAAACAAAGGUGGAGCAUUCAAACAGACCAGUGAUGGUCACUGGGCUCACGUUGUUUGUGCCAUCUGGAUCCCAGAAAUCUGUUUUGCAAACACUGUGUUUCUGGAACCCAUUGAGGGAAUAGAAUAUAUUCCGCCUGCCCGCUGGAAACUAACUUGCUACAUCUGCAAGCAGAAGGGCAUGGGAGCAGCUAUCCAGUGUCACAAAAUGAACUGCUACACUGCUUUCCAUGUUACCUGUGCCCAGAGAGCUGGUCUCUUCAUGAAGAUUGAGCCCAUGAGGGAGACCAGUCUCAAUGGCACGACAUUUACUGUGCGCAAAACUGCUUACUGUGAGGCACAUUCCCCUCCUGGCACUGUGAAAAAAAGACGUGCAACUACUGCUCAUGAAGGAGAUGAGGACAUUGUAAAGAAUGUGACAAUGGAGAGAGCCAGUCCCAAAAAUAAAAGCAAAGUAAAUUGGAAGCAGAAGGUGAAAAAGGAAAGCAGUGCUUCUGCACCUCUGCUAAUGAUCACACAGAUCCCUUCUUACCGACUGAAUAAAAUCUGCAGUGGACUCAACUUCCAGAGAAAGAAUCAGUUCAUGCAGAGGCUGCACAAUUAUUGGCUAUUGAAACGUCAAUCAAGAAAUGGUGUACCAUUGAUACGGAGGCUACACUCUCACUUACAGUCCCAAAGAAAUGCAGAACUGAAGGAGCAGGAUGAAAAAACUAGUGCAGUAAAAGAAGAGCUUAAAUAUUGGCAGAAACUUCGACAUGAUCUAGAAAGAGCACGGCUGCUCAUUGAAUUAAUUCGUAAACGUGAGAAACUCAAACGUGAACAGGUAAAGGUUCAGCAAGCUGCUAUGGAGUUACAGCUCACACCAUUCAAUGUUCUUAUGCGCACAACACUGGAUUUAUUGCAGGAAAAGGAUCCAGCCCAGAUCUUUGCAGAUCCUGUAAACCUGAGUGAGGUUCCAGAUUACUUGGAAUUCAUUUCUAAGCCAAUGGAUUUUUCUACCAUGAGGAAGAAGCUGGAGUCCCACCAGUACCAAACACUGGAUGAAUUUGAAGAAGAUUUUAACCUUAUCCUUGCCAAUUGCAUGAGGUAUAAUUCUAAAGACACCAUUUUCCAUCGAGCAGCUGUCCGGCUCAGAGACCUUGGAGGUGCAAUAUUACGCCAUGCACGACGGCAAGCUGAGAAUAUUGGCUUUGACCCCCAAGUGGGGAUUCAUUUGCCUGAAUCUCCAAAGACAGAAGAUUUUUAUCGUUUUUCUUGGGAGGAUGUUGACAAUAUUCUUGUUGCUGAGAACCGAGCUCAUCUUUCCUUGGAAGUACAACUGAAGGAACUACUGGAAAAGCUGGACAUAGUGAGCACCAUGAGGUCAAGCGGUGCCCGAACUCGUCGCGUUCGACUUUUGAGACGGGAAAUCAACUCCGUCAGGCAAAAGCUGGCUCAGCAGCAGAAUAAAGCCAUGCCAAAUGGAGAAUCCGCCGCAUGGGAAGAAGGUCUGGAAAAAAUGCUGCAGAGUGAUGAAGAUAGGGAAAAAGCAGAUGACACCAAGCCCCCACUUCCCCUACCCUGGAGCACAGGACCUGCACCCUCCCUAUCGGAGCUGGACUCUCUGCGACCUCCAACUCUCAAACCCAUUAGCGAAAGCAAGUCCUUGAACAGACUGCAUAAACGGCUGAAGUCUGAGGGCGAGCUCUUUGAUAAGAAGACGCUGCAGAGGGAGAGCCACCACGCCUUCCACCGCUUGCUCAGCGAUAACGGCCUGAAUGGAUUGGCCCUUCAGGCUACGGGCACGUCUGCCAGCCCGUUUAGUGGAGUGGGCAGGCGGACUUCUGUCCUUUUUAAAAAAGCCAAGAACGGGGUGAAACUACCAAGAGAUCUGGACUGUCCCCUUGAGAAUGGAGAGGACCACAGCCAAAGUGGGCAGCUCUCCCCCUCCAGCAUAGAGGGUGAGCAGCCAUCUCGGAAACAGCCACAGAAUGGGAGCUACAGCAAGAGCGAUGACGAAAAAUCCCCCAGGCAGGCAGGAGUGACAGCACCUGUGACUAAUGGCUUCAGGAAGCAUGUAGAAAGUGGGUCUGAUUCAGAAUGUAGCUCUGGACGGGGCAGCGGUGUUUCAUUUGAUAUUUGCAGUAGUCCGCCACCACACAAACGUAGCCGAGGGAAGCCUGCUCUUAUACGGGUCCCUUUUCUGGAUGGUGUAAAUAAAGAUUUGGCAUACAGCAACUCAGGAAGAAAUUUGCUGAUGUCAUAUGAGGAACACACUGAUCUAGAACCUCUGGAACUUGUGUGGGCAAAAUGUCGUGGCUAUCCUUCUUAUCCAGCCCUGAUCAUUGAUCCUGAGAUGCCACAAGAGGGCCUCCUUCACAAUGGAGUCCCAAUCCCUGUCCCCCCUCUGGAAGUGUUAAAAUUAGGUGAGCAGAAGCAAGCGGAGGCUGGAGAAAAACUUUUCCUUGUCCUUUUCUUUGACAACAAGAGGACAUGGCAGUGGCUUCCACAAGAAAAAGUUCUUCCUCUUGGAGUAGAUGACACUGUGGAUAAACUCAAGAUGCUGGAAGGACGGAAAACCAGCAUCCGCAAGUCUGUCCAGGUUGCAUAUGAUCGUGCAAUGAUUCAUAUGAGCCGUGUUCGGGGAGACCAUCCUUUCGUCACACCCAAUUAUCUGUGAGGAAAUUUGCUCUACCUAUCCUGUAGAAAGUAACGUUUGCAUCUACAGGCAAAGUUGAUCAACUAUGAAGUGAGGACUAUGGGAUUUUCUUGCCUACAAGAAGAUAUAAUUGCCACAUUUGCAUUUUGAGUAGAGACGCGGUAUUUCCAACAGUAGGAAAAGUUCAUGUUACAUACUUGAUAUGUGCCAAAAAGUCUGCCUGGUUUCUUUCUGAACAUGUUUCCCAAAGAAUCCAGGAGGGAAAGAAGUGAUGUAGCAGUGUGAUCUAGUAAGAUGAUGUCAGGAACAGUUACACUAUAAUGCUGCAACCCUGGCAGAAUCUUAGAUAAUUUGCUGAUUGGACAAGAAGCCCUACCAGACUCUUGAGUUUUUAAACUUCAGCUAGGCCUGAAGCAGCUGUGGAGCUUAUUGCUUCUGUUAUGAAUUGAGGGUCUUUUUGAUGACUCUUGUGUGCCAAAUGUUCACUAAUAUUCACCAUAUAUUUUCAAGUUAUUUUUGAAAAACACUGGUCCCCAUCCCCUGUGUAGAACUCUCUAAAUUUGUAUAUGUUUUUAUGUUAGAGAUUACAAUGAAAAAGAAAGAAAGAUAGAAUAUUUGGGGGGGUAAUGCCCCUUUCCUGAUUUUGCCUCAUGCUCACAUUCACAGAGCUUUAAAUAUGAAGAAACCUCUUGGGAGAUAUUUUCUGUGAUUUUUACAUUUCAAUUUCAGAUUCGUAUACUUCUGAAAAUUGAUACAGUAAUAUUUUAAAUGUUAUUUUACAAAUACUUAUGCUGCUAGAAUGUUGUUGCUAGAUAUGAAGGUUUAUUGUGAAAUGAGGAAAAAGCAAUCUUUAUGGUAUCGAAAAAAUUUCCCCCAUUCAUGAACAAUGCCACUGAAGCCCUGUCUCACUUGUCAGGUCUGUUCUUCAGAAAAUCACAGCAUCCUGUCCAUUCUGUAGGAUUUCUAGACAUGGAAGCAGCCUCUUGUUUAUUUACAAGGGAACAUGCAUUAACAAAUCUCUUCCUCAUAUGCAUCAUCCUAUUUAGGUUUGGGCCAUUAAGCAUCAUAUUGCACAUUUACAGCUUUCCCCAGCUUUCAGUAAUAAGUAUCUGCUUAUAUAGAGUGCCAUAUGUACUUUGACAUAUGCGGCUCUGGGCUAGGGCAAUCAUAUAGAGUCAUGAUUCCUCUUUACCUGAAGAAAUGAGAAUUAAAUUGGGAUGUGUCAUCUUAUUCACCGGAAUUCCCUACAGUCACUCUUGGCCACCCCAUAAACGCUUCAGCAUUUGCUUUUAUGCUCUCUGAGCUUCCGUUAUUGGGAUCUGUUAAAAAUAGAGCACAACUCCUUGGAGAAACCUUUUUUUUUUCAACUUGCAUAUGCUACAAAAAGAGGAAGAGCUGAACCUUGCAAGUUGACAGUGCAUUUCAUAGGUAACAUUUGAUUUUGUGAAGGUUUUUUUCUUUCUUUAAGAAUUUCAAACCAAAGGUACAGAGCAAGAUUGUAAUUUGAAAACCAUUGUUUCCCCCCCUACCCCACCUCCUUUUUUAACUUUAUUAUUGUUGUUAUUUUCUUAUUAAGAGAUAGUGGGACAAAUGUUAUUGUGGGGAAAAUCACUGCCAUUUCUAUGUGGUCUUUUUUUCAAGAACCACAUCUUAUACAUUGGGACAUAAAACCACACGAUAUGGGAAAUAUCUGUAACAUAUACAGAACAUGAAUAGGAAUCUUUUUUUAAAAAAUAGUUAAUAAUAUCUCAAGAGUGUGGUUACAGAAGGAACUUUUGUACAUAAUUGUAAACUACUGUUCUAAAUUAUUCAGGCCAAUUAUUAAUCUUUUAAGUCCUCAGUUGUGUUGCUGGGUCUUUUGUAUGCAUACAAUAUAAUUAAUUUAAAGAAACAUACAUUUUCCCAGAUUGUAGCCUGGCUGUGGACUUGUGAUUUAUGUUUAACUGUUUUAAGAUCUUGCAUUUAAUUUCUUCCAUUUUUUUU